AUGAAUCGCACGCCGUCGCCCCCGCGCCGGGUGCACACGCCACCGGCGCCCUUGCACGGUGACAAUUGGGAACCGUUUUCCCCGCGCCGCUCCAGUCGCGUCGCCGCACAACGCGGCGUUCACCUCGAGCAAACGGACUCAGCGCGUACCCCACGGACCAGGCGCGACGUCACGCCCACCGCGUCUUCGAGGAAAUCUGUCGCGCGCACUUCCAAUUUCACGCUUUCACCACCAUCCUCGCCAGUCUCUCCACCCAAGCACCGCACACCGCACUCGACGCGUCGCGCGCUCUUCCCUGCAGCAGCAGCACCGGACUCCGACUCGGAUCAACCUCCGCCGACAUCAGGGCGUCGCUUCCUCGCGUCAAUGGCCCCAGGCAUGCUCCCCACCCCGGCGAAGACGCCACGCAAACGCGCGAUGCACUCCGAGGAGUCGAUCCGGCCCACAGCACGCGUUUUGUUCCCCAGUCGCCCCACCAGCAUCGAGGAAGCGACUCCACGAAAGGCGCGCAAGUCCACCAAGAACAUCUACUCUCUGAACAGCUUCGAAGACGCCGGCGCGUCGUCAGAGAAGAUCGAGAUCUACACCGACUCCAAGGAGCGCAUUCCCACUGCUGACGAGGACGACGAGGAAAACCCGUUCGUCACGAAGAAGGGCAAAGGAAAGGCAAAGGCGAAAGCAAAGGCGAAGGCCGCUCCCCAGAGGCGCAAGAAGGACGCGAAGGCCGAAGACGUAAAGGCCGAAGAGAUGGAGGAAGCUGUGAACCGCGAGGAGGGCAUGAUCUACAUCUUCCGCGGAAAGAAGAUUUUCCGCAAGUUCCACGAUGACCAUCCGUCCGAUGAGCUCACUGAGGAGGACGUGUCUGCAGACGAUCUUCAACUCCUCCGCCAGGCCGGUCCUGCAUCGCGUCGCCCGCUGACACGCUCGUCUAUCAAGCCGAAGCUGCUCUUCCAGGCAGAGAUCAAGCAGAAGAAGCUUGAAAACGGCGAGGUGUCAGAGGACGAGGAGGAAGAGGCCACCACCGACAUCGAGACCCCCAUCGCAACUCCAAGCCGCGGCAAGGGCAAGAUGAUCAUGUCGAUCUCAGACUCCUUCCAGGAAGCAACUCCGCCUCCGACUGUGCGCAAGGCCAAGCGAGAAAUCUCUUUUGACUCUUGGACACGCGUCAAGUCUGCUCACAGCUCCGGCAGCUCUUCGCGCGGAGCCAAGCGCAGCGGCUCUCCACUAUUGGGCGAAGCGGGCAAGAAGUCUCGCAGUGAGCAUUCCGCCUCUUCCAUGUCCAUUGACAGCCUCUAA